AUCCUGCUGCCGGCCUUCCUAGAUUAUUGUUAUUAUUAUUAUAUUGUUAGAGCCCAGCUACCGUCUCUUUUGGCAUUAAUAUCGGCCACAAUCGACAGCGAUAAGGCCAAGCCCUUUUUAGUGUCUCUGUUUAAUUUAUUUCCGGUGACGGUGACAAAUGUCAACCCCUGCUAGAAGGCGUCUGAUGAGAGACUUUAAAAGGCUCCAAGAGGAUCCUCCUGCUGGGGUGAGUGGAGCACCCUCUGAGAACAACAUAAUGGUGUGGAAUGCAGUAAUAUUUGGACCUGAGGGAACCCCAUUUGAAGAUGGGACUUUUAAACUAACGAUAGAAUUUACAGAAGAGUAUCCCAAUAAACCACCUACAGUUAGAUUUGUGUCCAAAAUGUUUCAUCCAAAUGUAUACGCUGAUGGUAGUAUAUGUUUGGACAUUCUUCAAAACCGUUGGAGUCCUACUUAUGAUGUGUCCUCAAUUUUAACUUCCAUACAGUCAUUGCUGGAUGAACCAAAUCCAAACAGCCCUGCAAACAGCCAGGCGGCUCAGCUGUACCAGGAAAACAAACGGGAAUACGAAAAGAGGGUUUCUGCAAUUGUAGAACAGAGCUGGCGUGACUGUUGACCCUGGCCCUAGUUUAUGAACACUCUGAUCAGGAGGAAAAUAUAUAUGAAGUGUUUUGAGUGAUCUUCCUGUUAACUAGAAUCUUUACAUUUACAUUGUUGACCGCAAAAUGGCUAUUGUGCUGUCACCGCUCUCCUUAGCCCCAGCUGAUGCUUUCCCCUUGGACACCCAAGAGCAUUCGUGUUGAAAUCAAAUGUACUAAAUGUGGGUUACUUGCAAAACAAAAUCUUCUAUUUUUAUUUUUUAAAGCAGUUCACCUCAGACCUUCACCACUCAAUAUUAUAUUGUCUGUCAUAACAUCAGAUGAUGCCGCUGUAUAUUGAAAAAAGGGAUAAAUGUAUUGUAUUUAUAUAAAAACAAAGUGCAUUUUGGCAAAAUAGUGAGUAUGAGCUGCUGGAGUUAAAUCUUUUAUAUUUGGUUUUAGUCUGACAAAAGUGCAUUGCAUAAAAGUGUGACUGUACUAUAUACGUUUUCUAUUUUAAAUUCAACAUUGCUUAUCUAAGGAAUUGCCGAAUAAGGGAGAAAAAAAGUGAUCCUUGUUUAGUAUAGACUGGUAUGGUCCUUUUGGAAAUGAGUGAGAAAGUGUACAGGUCAUGCCAUUAAUGGCCAAACUAAUUGAGAAAAUAUUGCACUGAGGUCAUUUCUUAUCGGCAUGCAUGGGGUCUCCUUGUUCUGUAAAACGCAUCUCAUUCUGUUAGCCUGUAAAGGUAUCAACUCAAGCAAGUGGAGAAAAUGCUAUGAAUAAAGAAAACAUUUAGCAGUGAUACAGUGCCUGGAAUUAUAAAUGUAAGGAAAGUGGCAACAAGCUGGUAGCUAGUGCUUUAGACACCAACCAGUACUACAUUUUUGAUCAUUAUGUAAUACAAAUGAAGGCCAAUCUGAAUGUUUCUUGGGGGGUUUUUCAUAGCGAAGGUUUAUGCAGGUCUUUUGCUACGUGAGGCGUGAAGCACAUUAGCUUCUAACAGUGUGAAACAGACUUGGUGGACACAGUUUGGCAAUGGCAAACCCUCUUUUUGGGUUUGGAAGCUUGAUUAAAACUCAAGGGUGCUACUUUGUUGUUUUUUGUUUUGCAUCAGCGACUAAUAGUGUUUCACUUCCUUUGUUUGCUGGAUGGGAUUAACAGUUUCAGUUAAUGUAGUUAUGGUCAACAGCUAACACUGACUUAUUUUGUUUUUGCACAAACAUUUUUAGGUUGUGUUUUCCACAAGUAACCCAUGUAAAACUGUACAUUUAUUCUGAACUUGUAAAUAAACAUAUAACCUACUUAAGUUCCUAUGUAAAUAGA